UUGGUCUUGCUACGAAACUGUAUGAUCACUACCUUGAUUAUAUGGUCCCUUCAUCACACAGUAAAACAUUUUCAGAAAUUAUUAUGCUUCCUAAAAUAUAUCAAGUGUUGAACAUUUACACGGUGAUGAUGAUACGUCACAACAGAAUUUUCUCAAAAGGGGAUUACCAGUUGAUCACGGUUGAUCAGUUGCGAUUGAGCCGCGUACAGGAACAUUUCACAGUUUACAAUGAAGAUCACAGUGCUGCUGUUUUUGGCUGGAGCAUAUGUCGCAGUUGGAUUACCAGCCGAGGAUCGCUCACGGCGUCCGGAACAAACACCAGAGCCGUCCAAUGCCGGACAGUCUCAGCAAAAUUUUGGCUUCGGCGGCUUCCCCCAAUUUGGACAAUUUGGCAACGGUGGAGGAUCGUGGCCGAUGGUGCAAUCACGGGGAUUUGGUCAACCGUGGUCCCAAUCUCCAUUCAGUGCAAAAAGCGGCGGCUUUGAUUUCAAUCUACCAAAAGGCGCGGAUGGGGUCUCUGCGACGGCAGGUAUGAGCUGUUCCUUUGAGAAUGGAAAGAAAAAGUGCACCAACCAUUAGAAAGUGAAGUUGAAAUAUGAUACUUAAACUGUUGAGAUUGUGAUAAAUUAAUUAGGAGUUGCAAAUCAAAUUGAGUGCCUGGACACAGAUAGUAAAAAGCAAGACUUGUUAACUUAUCUUGAAAAAAUAAAAACAUAUAAGUCUAUAAAUGGAUUAAA